CCACAGAGCUCCGGGCCCGCCUCAGGAGGCGCGGAGCGCGCGCCUCGCAGGGCUCUCCCCUCCGGCGGGGCCUCGCCGCCGCCGCCCGCGAAGGGAAAUGAAACCCGAUAUUAGAACCGGGGAAGCCCUUACCCUUCCCGGUCCUCCAGCCAGCUCAUGUGUCUUAGAUCGGAUGAAUUUACCAUUAAAAAGAUAGAUUGUCUUACAACUCAGUUCGUUUUAGGAUGACGGGUUACAUUUUAACUUGCAGGGUAUAUAACAGACGAUUAAACUUGAGUUAUCAAAGGCAGCUGACUCCAGGCUGUCACCCUUGGUCAAGUGGCCACGGCUGAGGGGCGAGGCUUUAAGGGAAUGGGUCGGUUCCUAAUUCUGUAACGAGUGCCGUCUUCUGUUCUAGGUCCUUGACAAAGACCCAUCGCUGAGUGAAGCUCUAGUGCAGUGCGUUCAAGCCAAGAUUUUAUAAGCGACAUUUUCAAACUAUGUGAAGAUCCGUUUAAAGAAGAUUUAUUCUUCUGUGAUGGAGAAGUAUGAAAAAAUUGGGAAAAUUGGCGAAGGAUCCUAUGGAGUUGUUUUCAAAUGCAGAAACAGGGACACGGGUCAGAUUGUGGCCAUCAAGAGGUUUCUGGAAUCAGAAGAUGACCCUGUCAUAAAGAAAAUCGCCCUUCGAGAAAUCCACAUGCUCAAGCAACUCAAGCAUCCCAACCUCGUCAACCUUAUCGAAGUCUUCAGGAGGAAGCGGAAGCUUCACCUGGUGUUUGAAUACUGUGACCACACGGUGCUCCACGAGCUGGACAAACACCAAAGAGGGGUACCAGAACAUCUUGUGAAGAGCAUAACUUGGCAGACAUUGCAAGCCGUAAAUUUUUGCCAUAAACACAAUUGCAUACACAGAGACGUAAAGCCAGAAAACAUCCUCGUCACAAAACAUUCUGUGAUUAAGCUUUGCGACUUUGGAUUCGCUCGGCUUUUGACUGGACCGAGUGACUACUACACAGACUAUGUGGCCACCAGGUGGUACCGCUCCCCAGAGCUGUUGGUGGGGGACAUGCAGUACGGCCCCCCAGUAGACGUUUGGGCAAUUGGCUGUGUCUUUGCUGAGCUGCUGUCAGGAGUGCCUCUGUGGCCCGGAAAAUCAGAUGUGGAUCAGCUCUAUCUGAUUAGGAAAACCUUGGGAGACCUCAUUCCUAGGCACCAUCAAGUAUUUAGCACAAAUCAGUACUUCAGUGGGGUAAAAAUUCCAGACCCUGAAGAUAUGGAACCACUUGAAUUAAAAUUUCCAAACAUCUCUUAUCCUGCCCUGGGGCUCUUAAAGGGCUGUCUCCACAUGAAUCCUGCCGAGAGACUGACAUGUGAGCAGCUGUUGGGGCAUCCGUAUUUUGACAGCAUCAGAGAAAUAGGGGAUUUGGCAAAAGAGCAUGAGAAAUCAACAGGGAAGACCCUAAGACAGAGCCGAAAGCACCUGCCGCGGGUAAAGAUGGGGCACUGCUUUACAGAAGCAUCCAAGUUGCAGUACCUACCUCAGCUGACUAGCAGCAGCGUCCUCCCAGCUUUGGAUAACAAGAAGUACUACUAUAACACCACGAAACUUAACUACCGUUUUCCAAACAUUUAAAGAGCUUGGAGAUGGAUAACAAAAAAAGAAUUGAUCAUUAAUUUGAAUAAAACAUAUAUUUGAUUGAAAGCAAUCACAAUGUUGAAAAAAACAUCAGGAGAAAACAUAACUAACUGGGGGAGGCCACUUGGCAAUACGUGAAGGGAAAUUCCAGAGGCAGUGUUCCAUGCUUGACGAUGGUGUCCAGAACAGAAAGGAAAAACUUCUUUGGAUUUUCACUUUUAUUUUUGUUGUAUCUAAGUAGCUGAGCUUAUGGACAGAAUAUAAAUUAUCUACUGCACUCGCCCAUACCUCCAGCAAAAUUAGAGAUAAAAAAAUUUAUGCUUCAAUUGCACCAUACGCAACAAGUGAAAAAAUGGAUUACAGAAUGCCCAUAUAUGUUUCCUUGGAUCUCUGUUGCUUUGAGUCCUAUCUCCUGCCUUUUCAGAUUUUCUCAUCGUAUUUAAGGAGAGUUAAGGUUCUUGAAACCAAAAUGUUUAAAAUUCCAUUUCCUGCUUGCUCUAGCUCUUGAUUUUUAUAUAUUGAAACUUUUUUGAAUAUAUGAGAUGUUUAAAAUAUUUAAAAUCAUAUGGAUUAUCAUAAAAGACUAUAAUUUACAUGCUUAUAUAUUUAAUGAUAUGUUUAUAGACAUUUCUUACAUAUACUUUGGUCUUUAUCUUUAGUAAAGGAUGCAUCUUAGUCAUUUUUGCAGGCAAGAUGGAUUUACUAUAAUCCAUCUACACUUGUUCACCCAAUUCCCCUUGCAAACAAUGGCAUGAAGCUUGGCAGCUGACCCGGGGUAGAACAAGAUCCACAGGCUUCACAGGAACUGGGCCUGCCAGCCUGAAAGUAAUUAGUACUUCAUUCUCUCCAGCUCAGCCUCAGACUUGGAGACAGAGAUACUGGCAGGACUAUAGUGAUCUGGGUUUUGGAAGAAACUGCUUAUGAGCUUUUACUUGGGUCAUAAAAGACAUAAGGUUAUAAGCUGAUGUUUUCCCUGAAAUAUCUUUUUACUGUGUAUGUGUGUAUAUCUGUAGUGCACACACAUAUAUAUGUGUGUGUAUAUACCAACCUAACAACUAAAAGUUAACUAAUAAGAAAAUAGACCAAAAUGAUAUUAUUGAGAAUUCCUAGCUUUGUACAGUGAUACUUAAAAUGACAACAUAUAACUAGCUUUGAUUUGGCCUAUUGCUCCUAUUCAAAAAGCUUUUUCAUCCUUGUCCCCUGGACACAAGGGCAAUAUGAAGCUGAUGUCUGCUUCUUAUUGCUCAACCCCAUUUUUGAUUGAUGUGCUGCUAUUUCCUAGCAGUCCUCAGCCACGGUUUUUGAAGAUGUAUUUUACUGUAUCUUCAAAACCUUUCUUCUGCAUUCUCAGUUUACUGCUAUGUUAAUUUUCUUCAUGACAGCAUUUGACCUUAUUCACUUACUGUUAAGUAAUCCACCAAAUUCUGGCAUCUGUUCAAUAAUUUUGGCUACCCCAGCCAGUUUAGUGAUAUCCUGAGGCUUCCUAAUGUAUGUAGCUUCUUGCAUAGAGCUGAUAGCGGGUUAAAUACUAGUCACAGUAUAAUCUAAUUCUUGUUAUGUAGACUUGAUUCAAAUGACAAAGAAGGACAUCCAGCUUCUGCUAAUAGUUUACAUUUUGUGUUUUUCCUUUUUUCCUUACCCCCAACUGUGUACCUGACGGGGCAGAUGACUAUAACUCCCUAAUUUAUCCAGUAGUUUUAAGGAAUACCAUUCAGAGUAGAAAAGUAGCUCCAGACUAACCUGUGGUCAAUCAGUUGCUUCAUCACAUAGUAAUCAAACAAGGCUGAGAUAGAAGUGGUCAUUUGUGUCUAAUGAGUUCUAUUAAAUAUAUGCUUAUACUUAAUUUAACCAUAUCUGUGAUCUUUUCUUCAGCAUGGAAUCACCACUGUUUCACAUGAGACUGUUCUACAUCCUUAUCAUUUUUUUAUUUACUAUUUUCUGAUUUUUAAAAUGACAGUGGCAAUUAUGUUAGUAAACAGUACAUCAUUUAUGGUAUGUGCUAUCUACAUAAGCUGGUUCCUAACACAAGUAAAAUUCAUUUUUCUACUUUAAUGCUGCAUCACAGAAAGUGUUUAUUUUAAAAUUAACUCCAGUCAAGGUUAUAUUCAACAGAUUAAUAUUCAAACCAAACAUACAGAAAUCCACAAACAAGUUGGCAUAUAAA